AUGACGGCCGCAGACAUCCCAAUGGGAGACCAUCGUAACCUCUUAGAUAUCAUUGACAGCCUCCGUGCGCAAGGACUCGGCCGGUAUGUGGACCUUCCCGAGAUUAUAGUCUGUGGUGAUCAGUCUGCGGGCAAGAGCUCCGUCCUUGAAGCUAUUUCCGGUAGGCGAUUCCCUACAAAAGACGGGCUUUGCACUCGUUUCGUGACAGAGUUGGUCCUGCGCCGAGGCCAGAACACAAGCACAAAGGUAUUCAUCAUACCCGGCGAAGCUCGAUACGACAAAGAAAAAGAGGAUCUCGAGCAUUGGAAACCCCGGUCCAGUGUAGAUAAUGACGGUCUCGAAGCAGUGACAGAGGAGGCAAUGGAAGCCAUGGGGAUUUCGGAUGCUCGAAAGUUCUACGACGAUAUCCUUCGCAUCGAGCUCACCGGCCCCAACCAACCGCAUCUAACCAUGGUAGACCUCCCUGGUCUCUUCAGGACUGGAAACAAGGAGCAAUCUGACACCGAUGUCGACACAGUACGCAGCAUGGUUGAAAAAUAUAUGGCUCGGCCUAGGAGCAUUAUUCUAGCCGUAGUGUCGGCUAAGAACGAGUAUGUCCUCCAGGAAGUGACAUCAAUGGCCAAACACGCCGACCCAGAGGGACUACGUACUAUGGGGCUUAUCACAAAGCCCGAUACACUGGAUAUUGGCUCCGAUUCCGAGGCGUACUGGGUGCGCCUCGCGCAGAACACUGAAGUGGAGCUCCGUCUCGGUUGGCAUGUUCUGAGGAACCGCAACUUCGAGCAGCGGGGCUCGACUUCGGCCCAACGUGAUGCCACCGAGAAUGAUUUUUUUUCCGGAGGCAUCUGGAUUAGCGUCAAUAGAGAGCACUGUGGUGUGGAAGCUCUGAGGAUCAGACUCAGUGCUGUCCUCAAGGACCAGAUCCUGUCUCAGCUACCAAGCCUAGUUCAAGAUGUAGAGAAUGGCAUCCACGAAUGCACAGAAAAGCUUGAACGACUUGGCCCUGUCCGGGGAACUCCGACGGAGCAGCUAAAGUACCUCCUUCGCCUGAGUGAGGAGUAUACAUCCCUGACGAGGCAGGCGGUUGAUGGCACGUACGGGGACCGCUUCUUCGGCGCUAGAAAGAAGCGUGAUGGAUAUCCUAGGAGGCUCAGGGCCGUGGUGCAAAAUCUGCUGCUUGAAUUCAGACAGGAAAUGUUCUUGAAUGGACAGAGCCAGAUAAUUACCGCGUCGGAGAGUGAAGGUGAGGAUGAAAACGAAACCAGCGAGUCGCCCCGUAUUCCUAGGUCUCGAUACGUUGAGCGGGUCGCCUCUCGCUUGAAGUUUAGCAGGGGACGCGAACUACCGGGCCUUUUCAGCCCGCUUAUUGUUGGCGAUCUCUUCGAAGAGCAAUGCGAACCGUGGCGAAAGAUUGCGAAAGCGCUGGUCGAGGAUAUCGUGGAAGCUGCACAUCAGACGACGGAGCUCGUGAUCCGACACGUUGCUGCCAAUGAUAUCGUUAUUGAGGUGCUUAAGUUUGUCCACGAAAUGGUAGAGGAACUCAAGAUCGGACUGGACGCUAAGGUUGACGAGUUACUGGUUUCUGCCACGCAGCAUCCCAUUACAUAUAAUCGUCAGUUGACGGACAAUGCUCAGAAGGCCCAACAGGCACGGCACAAGUGCGCCAUCAGACAGCUCAUUCGCAAGGUAUUUGGCUCACAACACUUCGAUGACGUGGACAGGAAGAUCAAUCUCAAUCCGGUACAUUUCGUGGACCUUCUGGCACAGGGUCUCGAACCCAAUAUGGAGCUAUUCGGAAGCUCCACGGCGGUUGCAAUGAACAGAUUUAUCGACGACGUUAGCGUGCUGGCAGUUGAAGACUGCCUCAUCGGAAAGGUUGCUGAGCUCUUCCGAUCGGACAAGGUCUUGGACAUGAGCUCGGAUGAUAUCUCUCGCCUCGCAGGUGAGACUGCAGAGUCUUCUAUCGAGAGGCAGCGUCUGGUAGAUAAGCGCAAGAUGCUCGAUGAUGGAUUACGGGGUCUCAAGGGCUUACAAAAGCAAAAGCAAUUCACCCGACCUGCUGACUGGGGUCCGGUGUUAUCAGGAGAUGUGGAAGAACAGCUGGAAAAGACUACAUCCGAUUCAGAGAGUGCAUCAAUCGUCAGCUUCGUUAGAUCGCCGUCCCCUGAGAUGUAUUCUUAG